AUGUCAAGUACUUAUGAGCUGUUUAACAAGCAGGCGUUAACAAUGUGCGAUUUUAAUGAGUUAAUAUGCCUGUGCAAUUGCACGUUGUUCCCCAAGACAGAACAAAAACAAGCAAAAGUGUCGAAUACGAUCUCUAAACAGGACGCUCGAUCAAAACCAAGUGCAGAAAGUUGUCAGGAUAACUAA